AUGCCCAAAACAACUCUUGCGAAAAACACUUCCAGCAAUCACAAGAAGAAACAACCAUCCUCAUCAUCAUCCUCUUUGGAGAAGCAAAAUACUCGGAGGAAAACACCGAAUACUGGUAAAAACUCAAAAUCAUCAUCAUCUCCGAGAGAAGCCUCUCCUUCUCCGAAAUUUAGUGCAACUUCUAUCAUGUCCUAUUUUCAUCAUCAAGGUAAGAAGAGAAGUCUAUCGGGGGAGAUGAAGCCUCCGAGCUGUAUCAAUAGUUUGGAAGAAACAAUGACACAGCUGAAAGGAAACUCUUUGGAAGAGGCAUUCGUUAUUGAUAGCGACGAUGAAUUGCAGAGUGCUCCCAGUGAUUCGGAACGAUGCUCACAAAGCUUGUCAACACUCAGCACUAGUGUUGUAUCAACUCAGAGUAUCAUUGAAACUAUAAAUAUUGAAGAAGAAAUGACUUCAAGCCUCUCUGUCAAUAGUGAUUUGACAUUUUCUGUGAUGGAACCAAGGCAGUCAUCAUUGAACAGUCUCAUGACAGAUGAAAAUUCUCAAUCUUUGUGUUCUGAUCAUAGUACGGGCUUUGAAUCUCAAAAAUCAAAUUCACAACAAUUUUCACAACAGGAACAACCUGAAGAGGAUCGAAUAAGAAGCUAUUACUUGUACCAUUUCUUGGAGAUUUUAGAAACAGUCACGAAAAGAGAUGGCCAUUUAUUUAUUGAGGAAGAAAAGAAAAUUAUUGACACAUUUAAAAAUCAAUGUAAAGCGUCACAAAGAUUAUUUAUUCGACUAUUCAAUAGAAAACAAAAAUAUUUUACAAUUACAGAGCUAGAAAAAUACCGAAGAGAAAUCGAAAAAGAGAAGGAAGAUAUCAUGUCUUCAUGGACAAGUUGUGACGAAGUCAAUAUGCAAAUUGUAUGCUGUGAAAAUAUCAAAGAUGCUCUCGAACAUCUCAUACGAUCUGAUCUUUUUGAAGUCCUUCAUGUAAAUCAUGAAAACUACAAUAUCACGCACAGCAACAACAAUUGGACCAUGGAUGAAAUUCAAGAAUUAUUAAGAGAGUUCACAAACAAGCAACUCAAAACAAUAUUAGACAAGAAAAAUAUUAGUAAUGUUGUUAAGAAACAACUCUCAAAACGAUCAUCCAAAGAGUCUCCAAAAUCUGACUUGAUCAAACAAAUCAUCACACGACCUGAAUCUCUUAUUGAAUUGAAUGACUCUGGCGGAAAGCAAUCAAAAUUGAGUGGGUUUUUCAAAAAGCAACCAAUCAAAGCAAAUGACAAGGGUAAAGUCGAAAACGAAGACACUUGUGCAACAUCUCCUUCAAAGGCCCUAUCAAACACUGCCACCAUCUUACGUACGCAAGAAGUGUUAAAACUCAUUCACAAGGCAUCAAUAACCAAUAAGGAUAUUGCACCCAUGUACUAUAGAAUCAAAAAGAGUGUCGCCAAAAUUUUCAAGCGAAUUCACCACCUCUAUUUUAUCUCACAAAACUCUGACAAUGCUUCCAUCAUGAUAUUGGAACAGAAAAAGAUUACCGUCUUUCCCAAAUAUGAAGUUCAAGAGCAAAAGAGCCUAUUCGAAACAAGGGAAGAUCUCUUACGAUAUGAAGAGGCAUUUGAAAUAGCUAACACAUGGGCUGACUCACUUGAAUCACCAUCAGUAGAGAGUACAAAAACCUCUUAUCCCAAUCCAUCGAGUGGUGACGUCCAAAAUACUCAAGAUCUUCUCAUUAUUGAAAUUGAAACUCGUUUAGAAACCAUUCAGAAAGCUAAUGAGGAAGGUCUUUUAGAAAAACUUAUUGAAUUUUCCAAAGAUGUAAGCCGAAGACUAGAACAAGAUACUGAAUUAAUUCGAAACAAAUACUCAAAAAAUUCCAACGACCUACACAUGGAUUAUUAUCUCAUGAGAUUUCGAUGUGGUUAUGUCUAUGCCAGAAUUUUACAUUACUGCAUCAAGUUAUUAGAAAAACACAAACAAUACGAACUUGCAAUUUCACACUUGACGACAAUUUUGAAAUCUCCUUUUAUGGUAGGUAAGCGAGGAGAAUUCUACAAUCGUAUUGCUCUCGAUUAUGAACAUCAAAAAACUGUGGAUUCCUAUGAAAGAGCAUAUGAAACAUGCAAAAUUGCACUAUCCGAUACUAAUAGUUGUGAAUUUUUUGGAUCUGUUCGAUUACCACCCAAUAAGAGAUAUACACUCGAGAAACGAUAUUUGAGACUUUGUAAGAAACUCCAAAAAGCCAAUCCCAAGAAGUUUUCGAAUAUUAGUAGUGACGAUUCUGCUCUCAUCUCAACCUUCAUCUCAACAAAUGUUAAACCUCCUAAAUUAAUAUACAUUCAAGGAAAGGUCAAGAAAUUAGAAAGUAGGAAAAAAGGAGAAAAGAGGAAUCAUUUUGUGUCACACUUGGAUCAAAAAACAGUGGUGAGUGUGGAGCAGUUUGCACUCGAACAUUAUCAAAUGCAACACGCCAUGGAAGGAUUUCACAGUGAAGGCUCCAUUUGGGCCAUGUUAUGCAUGUUAGUGAUGUGGGAUAUUAUUUUCGAUUCAUCCAUACCGUAUGUCUUUCAAAAUAAGUAUCAAUCGUGUCCUCUUGAUUUCAUGACAGAUGCUUUUUAUUUGAGGAGAAGAGACAAGUUUAAGAAAAGACUUGAAGAAAUUGAACAAUAUGGUUCAAAGUAUCUGGUCGAGAAAGUGACUAAUUGUUGGCAUGAAAAUUAUGGAACAAAUGCAAUUGCUUGUAAUUGGAAGGAUAUGGAUCCGACACCAUUGGAUGAAGACAAUGCAGUGACUUUGAGUCGCGAAAAAGAUCUUGUCAUCCCUCAAGGUGUGGAAAUGUUCAAUGAGAAUAAUAAUGACAGAUACGAUCAGGAGAUUAAUGAUAUUUCUCGAAAGAACAUUGCAUCUUGUGAAACACUGGGCAUGGCCCAAAAAUCUUCACCAAAAUUGGCGUGUCUCAUUAGUAUUUGUGAAUGUUUUCCAAUUGAGGUGAUAUGCACCAUUCUUCAAUCUCUUGCUGAGGACAUGAAAGAGAACAGAAGUGGCUUUCCAGAUCUUGUUUGUUGGAAAAGAGUUUCUUCUUCAGAGAGCACACAAGAAUCUAACAUCGUCUCUUCUCAUGAACAUUUAUUAAGUGAAAUUAAGGGACCCAAUGAUAAGCUCAGCGAGAAACAAAUAAUUUGGAUAGAUUUACUCUCAAAAGCUGGAGCCAAUGUUGAAGUGUGUCAUGUAAAAGUUAGAGAGAGCAGUUUUGGAGAAACUGAUGGUGGAGACAGCUCUCAUGAAGUUGAGUGUGAGGGUCCAAAGAAAAAGAAGAGCAAGAGCGCGAAAGGCAGUUCUGCUUCUUCUCAGAUUCCCUUCGCAGACGAAGAUUUAUGGAAGCAAUCAGAGGAAGAUGUUUUGGAGAACGCGGAAACAACUUUGUGA